AUCAUAAACGUACUUAUCCAAGAGAAACAAAUUCUUACAUUAGCUAUGUCCAAAAAAUGUUACUUAUCUCUACUUUUCAUCCCAUUCUCUUAAAAAAUCUCUCAUCUUUUUUGAUUCCCCCUCCUUCCCCUCCCUAAGAAAUCAGGUAAUAUGACAUAGGUUGUACUUGAUCUCUAUAAUUUUGUUACAAUUAUUUUUUAUUUUUUAGUAUGUCAUUUGUCCUUUCCAUUUGUAUUGUUGUAGUUACUGUGUAUAUUGUUUUCUCAAUUCUGCUUACCUCACUUUGCAUCAGUUCAAAUAGAUCUUUCCAUGCAUCUCCACUCAUACACAUAUUUUCUUACAGCAAAGUAAUAUUCUAUUAUAUUCACAUACCACAAUUUAUUUAGCCAUUCCCCAAUUAAUAGAUAUCUGCUUUUUUCUCAUUUUUAGCUAUCAAAAAUGCUUCUAUAAGUAUUUUGGAUAAUAUUGGGGCUUUCAUCUUAUCAAUAGCUUCCUUGGGGUAAAACUCCCUGAUGCAAAAGGUAUGGAUAUUUUAGUCACUUAACUUAAACAAUUCCAAAUUUCUUUCCAAAAUAGUUGUACUAUUUCACAGCUCCACUAACAAUGAAUUAGUGUCUAUCAUUCCACAAUCGCUCCAUCAGAGACUGCUGACAUAUUUUGUCACUUUUGUGUUUCACUUCUCUGAAUAUUAGUGAUUUGGGUCACAUACAGUUGUGAAUACUUUGCAAUACUUUUGAGAACUAUUUAUUUGUAUUCUUUGACCACUCAUCUAUUUGAGAAUAGCUAUUACUCAUAUGUCUAUGAAUUAUUCCUAUAUCUUAGAUACUGUUGCAAUGGAAGUAAUGCUUAGUGUAUAAGCAUGAUUGGCAAGUCCUCAAGAUAGAAUCUUCAGAGUUGACAGGAUUCCAAAGCUGUUGGAGAGACAGUUUGUCCAAUGGAGUCCAGAAGAGAGAGACGCUUUUCCACUAUCAGGUUUCCCUGAUAGCUCCAAACCCUUUUCAGAGUGGGGGAGUACAGGGGGCACCUGCAAGCCUAAGUGCUGCCCUAAACAAGGUUUAGCACCAUGGACUUCCAGGACAUCCUGAGAGUGGCGUCUGAGCAGCAGGGACUCAACAUCAUCCCAAAACGAUACAGUUUGGCAGUGGGUCCUCCUAAAAGAGAUCCUAAAGUCAAGGGUGUGCAGUCAGCAGCAGUGCAGGCUUUCCUCAAGCGGAAAGAAGAAGAGUUAAGGAAAAAAGCCUUAGAGGAAAAGAGGAAAAAGGAUGAGUUGGUGAAGAAACGCACAGAGCUAAAACAUGAUAAGAAAGCUAGAGCCAUGGCAAAGAGGACAAAAGACAACUACUUUGGUUGUGAUGGGAUUCCUCUAGAAGAGAAAGCAAAGAAAAAACACAGAAGUGAGGGACCUGAAGGCCAAGAAGCAGACCAAGAAUGUUCCAAUGAGGAGGACUCAGAACCGCCUUCGGAAUAUCGUCGGACAGAGUUGAAGCAGGAAACACCCCUGAAGACUAUAUCGAAACCAAGGGCCCCUCCACCCAUGAAUUUCACGGACUUACUCAGGCUGGCUGAGAAGAAGCAAUAUGAACCUCUGGAGAUUAAGGUAGUAAAGAAAAUAGAAGAACGACCCAGAACUGCAAAAGAACUGAGAGAAAAGGAAUUCUUGGAACGAAAACACAAAAACAUAGAGAGAGGAAAGGAGAAAAAGAUGCUUGAAAGAGAGAAAAGGCUAGUUCCUCCAACUAUGUCUAAAAAGGCCCCUUCUUCAAAAGAGAAUGUUAGUGAAAGACACGGAGGUCCUGAGGACAAACAUUCCUCUUCCAGGGGGAGUCACCUUCCCCAUAUAGGUGCUGAGAAAAAAUCUAGGUCUUUUGCAGCUAGUGAGAAGAGGACCAAAGCAGGCUCUGGAGAGACCUUACAGCACUCACCAAGUGAAAGUCCCAGCCUCUUACUCAAUGGGGCAGGGAAGUCCCGCUCUAGUUCCCAUUUUAUGGGCACGGGGGUCUCAAAGACUAUGCUUCCUGGGACUCAAAAAUCUACUGAGCACAGGCCCUCCAAAUCCCCUUCUUCCCAUCCCAGCCAUUCCAAGCCUGGGGUUGUCUCUACUCCGCAUGAGAAGACAAGAAAUUCAAGUGCCAAGCAGCCAGGGAACAAUUCUAAGUCGACCUCCGGCCGGCCAGGUGUAGGGACUGCUCCGCCAGUCCAAAGCCCAAGCCCUAGGAAGCACAGUGGCGGCUCCAGUUCAGGACCUGAACAGCAAACCAGUGGAUCCAAACGUUUGGUUGGUGGCUCAGGCCCCGGUGGACAACCUGUGAGUGGCGCAAGUGGCCGUGGGAGAUCCACCAGUGGCUCUGGGAGACCUGCCGGCGGCGGCUCCGGGAGGACAGUCAGUGGCUCGGGCACCUCUGUGAGGCCCCGAUGCACAGUUGUUUCAGAAACUAUCUUUUCCAAGAAUAUCAUCAACCGACCUAGCAAUGGGAUGAGACCCCCUCCACCUGGCUACAGACCUGCAGUGUAUCCGCAAGGUACCCAGAGGCCCCCCUUUCCCCCUCUGGCCCGGAAACGCUAUCUUGAAGACGAGGAUGAGGAGUAUGAUUCCGAAAUGGAGGACUUCAUUGAUGAUGACGAUGGAGAGCCUGAAGAAGAAAUAUCAAAGCAUAUCCGGGAAAUCUUUGGAUAUGACCGUAAUAAAUACAAAGAUGAGAGUGAUUAUGCCUUACGUUACAUGGAAAGCAGCUGGACAGAGCAACAGAAGGAGGAGGCCAGGAGCUUGAGACUUGGGAUGCAAGAGGACCUCGAAGAAAUGAGACGUGAAGAGAAGGAACUCAAACGCCAGAAAGGCAAGAAAACGAAACUGCGUUAAACUACAGUUUUUUACCAUUGGGAGAAAAUACUUAAGAACUCUCUACAGACUGGGAAAAAACCCUUCCUCUCUUUGGAUUAUAUUUGGGGACUAGAGAAGGAGAUACGUAAAGGAAGCACUGGAAAACAAGGCUGUGGUUUGAACAGAAUGGAUUUAUUUUUAAUACUUGCCGGGGUUAAAUCUGUCAUGCAGAUGAGAAGUAAUAUUCAUUUGAAUGUUUAUAUAAAAAUAGCUGUUCAAAGAUGCCAGCAAUGAUACUGAUGAGCUAUGCACACUAAUGACCAGUUGUUAGCUAGUCACUUGUUAUUUAUUUGACACUUAAAAAUCAAGUGAGGAUUAUUGUUUUAUUUCCGUAGUUACUGCCCAAGAUAGAUGGGUAGGACACUUCCCUGAACCAAUAAGAUCAUGUCAUAGGCUUCUCUUAAGAAUGAUAACCUGUAAUGUGAGUCUUUUUUCACAAAUGUUGCCAGCAAUAAAGGAAUCUGCCCUGGCCUAUGUAUUUGAGAAUCCUGGGGUCUUAAAAUAAUAAUUUGACAAUAUUAAGUAGGCUUCAUAAUUUCAGAAUGGCUGCUAUUAAUAUGAAUUUGAAGUAAAACUGUAAUAAAUUAUCUUGGACUCCAUAUUGCCCAAGGAUUGGAGACUGAGCAUUUUCAAUCACAAAAUGUAUGUGUUAAUAUUGGAGUUAAGCUAUGCUUCUUGAUACAAGAAUUUUCUUUACAGUUUUCUUAUGAUUACCCUGGUUCUAAGCCAGCGUAAAGUAAAAAAGCCCAGUGUGUAGACUAAUUUUAUUUUUAAAAAUCCACUUUUAUAUUGAAGAAAAGAGUAUUCCUAAAUAAAGGAGUUUCUUUAUUCCAUCGUUAGAUUUGGGAGCAUUAUAUCUAAAAUAGAAAGUAAAUAUGGCUUGAUUUUCCCCUCAGAGUUCCUCUAAGGUGCACUUUUAGUGCCUCUUAGUAUUAAGGAUUUGCAUUAAGUAUCUUAGUACUAAUCAUUUAAUGGCAUAUAAUGUAAUGUAACAUCACAGCUUUUGGCGGCCUUGCACCUUUAUUUCAAGGUAUGCACUAUAAAGAAAGCCCUGUACAAAGCCUGUCCCCCAGCAUUGCUUUCUUGUUAAGCUGAGGGGUGAUUUAACUCAUUUUUGUCCAUCUCACCCUCAGCCUAUUUGUUGUGUGCUUUGAGCCACCUUUCAAUGUAUUUCCAACAAGAAGACUUGGCUUCCAAAGAAUAACUUUAAAAGUCAACAAGAGAGCGGAACCAUGAAAUAACAUUAUAGAGGGGAAAGCCUGUGCCUUCACUUGUUAACUGAAAAUAUUUAAACGUUGGUGGUACAUCUGCUUGUUGAAUACAUUCUCCAUUAACGUUUAUUAUCACUUGUGGGGUAGAGGUGGGGGAGGUCCUGUAAGGGUUCUUAGUCAUCAUUAUGUUUGCUUCUUUGAACAAAUUUCUGUGUACAUCCUUUGGUCCCCACACCUUCCUUUUUUUAGUCUUCCUACUAAGCAAAGAGAAUUUUAAAAACCUGUGUGUUUUCUCUCCAAUAAAUAAAUAAAUAAAUAAAGAUAAGUUGUUUUGACAUUUUUGAGCAAUAAUACUUUGAAUCGACAACCACAAUUAUUAUUUAUAAUUGUUAGAUAUUUCAGUUAAACCAUUCAAAUUUAAACCUUACAAUGGAAAGUAAAGGUUUAAAAAAAAUGGAGUGGGAAUUAGUCCCACCUACAGAGAGGAAAUACUUUGAUAUCACAAAAUGAUCUCACAUGUUGUGAAUUGAAACACUAAUGCAUUGUUAGUGGAAUUGUGAAAUGAUCCAAUUGUUCUGGAGAGUAAUUUGGAAUUGUGCCCAAGGAGCUAUUAUAAACUGCAUAUCCUUUGACUCAGUAAUAUCACUACUAGGUGUAUAUCUCAAAGAGAGGGAAAGAGAAAGGGAGGAAAAGAAAGAGAAAGAAAAAGGGAGAGAAAGGAUGAAAGGAAGGAAGAAGGAAAGACCUCUAUAUACAAAAAUAUUUGAUCUCUCUUUUUGCAGGAGCAAAAAAUUGGAAAUUCAAGGGAACCUUUUCAAUUGGGGAAUGUCUGAGCAAGUUGUGGUAUAUGAUGGUGAUGGAAUACUAUUGUGCCAAAAGAAAUUCUUAGCAGGAAACUUUCAGAGAAACCUGAGAAAACUUACAUUAACUGUAGCAAAGUGAAGUGAGCAGCACUAGGAGAGCAUUAUACACAGUAAAAGCAAUAUUGUACAAGUGAUCAAUUAUGAAUGACUUAGGCAUUCUCAGUAUAAUACAAAGACCAAAGACAAUUCUGGUUGGCUGGUGACAAAUGGCUAUCCACCACCAGAGAAAGUACUGAUGAAAUCUGAAUGCAGAUCGAACCAUAUUACAUUAUUACUUCGUUUUUCUUGGGGGUUUUCUGUGUUUUCUUUCACAGCAUGAUUAAUAUGGAAAUAUAUGGCUGCACAUAUAUAACUUUUAUCAAAUUGCUUGCCAUCCUGGAGAAGGGAGGGAAAUAUUUUAAAACACAACAUUGUAAAAAGUUACUACACAUAAUUGAAAAAGCAACAAAUUAAAAUGUUUUAAAAACUGUUUAAUCUGUAACUGUGAAAAAAAUUAAAUAUUUAAAAAAGAUUUUUAAGUGAUCCUACUAAGGCAGAUGGGACUGAGACAGGGAUUUUGUGUUAUUCAUUGCAGGGAAGGGAAAUUUCAAGAAAGCAGCUUCACCAAGCCAGGUUCCUAAUUCUUGCUAUGUGGAAGGAAGUAAUGGGCACAUUGAGAUUGAAGAAGUCAUAGGUUUUGUGGUGGCACCUUGAGAUCAUGCAAAGAGUGCUGAACUUGGAGGCAGAAUACUUAAGUUCAGAUCAACUAUCCAGGUGGCCAGGGAAAAGUGAAUUAACCUCUCUGGUUUCACUUUUCCUUAUCUAUAAAAUGAUGGGGUCAGACUAAAUGACCCUAAAUGUGUGAUGUGAUAUAAUAAAGUAUGAAUCUAUAAAGGGAAGAUAGCACAAGAUAGAAAAGGGAAGAAGUUAAAAUCAAGGAAUAGGACCAGGGCUUGAGUGAACUUGGGAUUGUGGAGGAUAACAGGAAAGAGGGAAUUGGAGGGAGAUAAAGUUCAGAUUGUUGUAAUAAAAUAAACCACAAUACUAAAUGACUUAAAAGAAUUUAAUGGGAAAAUAUACUUAAUAAUAUAACCCUAAAUAUGAGUGGAUUACAUUUCCCAAUGAAAAUAAAAAGAAUAAGAACAAGGAUUUUUAAAACCAUGUAAGAAGCAUACAUAGUGAAAACGAGGGGAUGGUAUCAAUUGGAGAAUGAAAAAAUGAACUGAAGGUAAAGUAUUAGAGCACUGUGAAAGAGAAUUCUUUAUUGUCUAUCCUGAGUGAACGCUAACUUAAGUACCUCACUAGAUUGUGAAGACAGGAUUAACUCCCCUUUGUCUGCCUUUUGAUUGAAUCAAAACAAGCUUGAAGUAGGUGGAGGAGCUAAAAAACCACUCAGUGAAUUCACACCCCACUUAGUGCUAGGUGAGAAGUCAGUAAGAUACUUGGAAGAGCUCUGCCUAUCUUUUUAAAUUGGUGAGAAAUUUGUGAAUUCUUUUAAGAGUUCACCCCCUCAGAGACUCAGUCACAAGAGUUCACACCCUCUGGAAUUGUUCAAUCAGGAAACUGCCCCUGGGCAAUGCUAGACAAUUUGGAAGCUGUGGUUGGCCCCUGUGAAUAUGGAAGAGGAGACAAGGAGUCGCCAUAAAAGCAAGCCUUGAACUCAGUCUGACAUUAUUUUUGAGAAGAUGGUCUGAAGAGAUUGUCUUCUGGAGAUAGUCUUCUGACUGGGGAAGUCUUCUAGGGAGCUAGCUGGAGACUGUGGCUUGGAUGGUUGGCUUGGAGCUCAGCUGCAAUUUAUAUUCUUGACUCCUUCAUUAGGCAAGGAAAAGGCUGACUCCUUUCCUAAUUUCCUAAGAGACCAGCUUCCAUCUUGGAGGAGGUUACAGGGUCACUCACCACCAGCCUUCCUGGUUAAGAGUUUUUAGGUUGCUAUCUCCCUCACAUUUCUCUUUAUUAUUUCCUCUCUAUUUCUAAAUAAAUUUCUGACUCACAAUAUAAUAAAUGUUAGUGACCUCACAAUUUCAUAAGAUUAUUUUCCAACCAUUAAUUUUGACCCUUAUAGCACUGUAAUGAAAAAUUAAUAUGAUGAAUAUAAAGAAAUGUAGGAAAACAUAUAAACUGAUACUGAAUAUGUCAUUGGAAAAAUUAAAUCUGACACAUGACAAGUUCUCAGUGGGAAUAUUACAGAUUUUAUCUGUUUUUCAGCACAUAUUUCCUUUAUAAUUUGUCAUUUCUUAGGGAAUGAAGAAAUUAUAAAAACAAAUUUUCUAUGUGACACUAGGCAAGUCACUUUCCCUUUACCACUCUUCUGCCUUGGAACCAAAACACAGUAUUGAUUCUAAGAAGAUAAAAGUUUUUAAAUAAAAACAAAUUUUAAAAGACAGGUGGUCAAUACAAUCUUUACAAAUAACCCAAUAAAAAUCACAAUUUUAAUAUAAAUAUAACCAAAAUAUAUAAAUCUAAAAGAGAGCCUUGGUCAUGAAAUCUUUAAUAAUGCCUAUUCUCCGUGCUCCUGUCUGUAGCAGGAGAAUUGUUCAAUGUAGAAUUUGUUCGAAGUUCAGUUUCAGCUAGUUAUGAUUCUGCUAAUCCUUAGUUCAUAGAGAUCACUUUAAAUGCUUUAGAACAGAAAUCAUUUCCCUUUGUUGAGUAUUCUCUUCUUUAGGCUUCAUUUCAUUUCAUCUUUAUUUCUCUCAACCCAAUCUAGUAUAAUCAUCAGCAUUAUCCCUCAAGUUUACAAUUUCCCACCAACCACCAUAGUGAGCUACAGGUAGGAUAGUUACCCCCAUUUGAGAGGUCAGAAAACAGACAUGAAAUGGAUUACUUGCUAUUCAGAAAGUGUUAGAGCCAGAAGAGACCUAAAAGAUCAUCUAGUUUAUUCUCAUAACAAAAUUAAGGUCCAGUGAGAUGCACCCUUACAAUUCCCUCCCUCAUCCUCAUUUUCAGUUCCCGUGCAUUCAUCUUGUUCCUACAAAGUCAGAAGACCAUUCUCCUCAAUAAAGAAAAGCUCAUUUGUAAAAGAGAGAAUUAAGCUAGAAUAUUUCUAAAGUAUUCUAAAGCUCUAUGCUCCUCUACCACAUUGAUCCCUAUCUUAUAUAAGAAGAAAAAAGGAAAAUGGCUUGCCAAAGGUCAUAAAUUAUUUGCAGUAACAAAGAUUUGAAUCCAGGACUCCUGAAUGUUACUACAGCAAACUACCUAAAAUCCCAGGGCUGAAAUUUUCCAACUAGUACUAUAUCUAACCAUCCUCAUUAGAGGCUGUGAAAACAUCAGUGUUUAGAAACAAAAACAAUUUAACAAGCAUUUAUUUAGGUCAGAGGUUUUGUGAAAAGUCUUUGAGGAAACAAAACAAAAAAAAAAAGAAAAUAGCCUAUCCUGUCCCUGAGAAACUGAUCAUUUAUAGCAGAAUAUUCUUUUUCUUUUAAACUUUACCUUCCAUCUUAGAAUUAAUACUAAGAAUUAGUUCCAAGACAGAAGAACGGUAAGAACUAGGCAAUUGGGGCAAUUAAGUGACUUGCUCAGGUUCACAGUUAAGAAGUGUUUGAGGCCAGAUUUGAACCCAGGAUUUCUCAUCUCUGGGCCUGGCUCUCCAUAGACUAAGCCAUUUAGCUAUCCUUGUAGCAGGAUAUUGAUAGGAUUUAGAACUAGAAGGGGCCUUUUGGAGAUCAUGGAGAUCAUGUGGUUCAACCCCGAAUGUUACAGAAGAGGGUACUUGACUACCAAACAAAAUUUGAGAUCCUUUGUGUGAAAUUUAGAUUACUCCACCCUACUUAGAUCUUACUUUAUGGAGAAGAUGAGAUGAAAUUGUAAUCUCCUGAUUGAACAAUGAAGGUUGUUCUUACUUUAUAAUGAAGCUAGAACUUUAAGCUGUCUAUUUUAAGAUCUUAAUACAAAAAGGUGUUAAGUAACUAUAAAGGGUAAAUUAAUCACAAAAAGGUAACUAACAAAAGGUGAACUUAACAAAGAAGUGUUAAGUAACUCAAAAGAUAUAAUCUAAUAAAAGAAGAUGAGAACUAAAAAAUGGGUAGUCCUGGAGAAAAGCCUCUGGAGUGCUUGGUAGAUGUGAAAAUUGAGAGGAGGGAACACAAGAGUAAAAGGCCUAUAUAUUUCAUGUCACUUACUCUCUCCAGUACCUUUGGCGGCAGAGAGGUGGCUGGUGGAAGUGUGCUGAGCCUUUCGGCAUCUUGGCAUGGCUACAGCUAUUGUCCAGUUUGGUGGUGAGUUUCUGGCUGAGUUUCUCCCUCCUUUACUUUCCAAACUUUAUCCUCUUAAAAGCCUCUAAUCUCCUUCAGAGACCUAGCGGCAGAGAUUUUGAACUCCCCCUGGCACAGGCCAGGCGGGAGAAAUCCUAUACCCUCUUCCCUCUUUCUCCUUAAAGUCUUUCCCUCUAUAUUAAUUAAAUUUACCUUAAAAUUCCACACUGACUUUGGUAUUUUAUUUGGGAUUUUCCCUGGUGACCAAUUAAUUUUUAUUUUAUGUCACAACCCUAAAAUUAUCCUUACAUUUGCCUGACAUUGGAGGCAAUAAUCCUCCAUAAUCACACAUUAACCUAACUUUAUGGAUAGAUUACUAACAUGUGCACAGUCUAUUUUCCAGUCAAACUGGAUGAUUAUCUUCCUGAUCAUAUAUCUCCAGCAUUCUCUUGCCUUACAUGUCAUUAUACACUGUUUUCUAUGCCUGGAAUUCCUUCUUUCCUUUCUUUUUUUGUUGAACCCUAGCUCCUUCUUCACACUUGAGUCCAUCUCCUCCAGGUAGCCUCAUCCCAAUCCAAAAAGUAUCUUUGCAGUGUCUCAUAUGUGCAAGGCAAUGUACUCUGCUCUGGAGAAACUGAGGCAAAAUAAAGAAUAGUCCCUGCCCCCAAAGGACUUCUGGUUCUACCUAAACAUCUAAACAGGUAUCUAAAUAUAUAUGAUUUAUUAUUUA